UGUCACUUCCAAAAGAUAAAUGCCCACUGAUGGCCUCAGCCAAAUAUAAAUGUGCUUGUAACGACAAAGUCCUGGAUCCAUUCAGCUCCAGCUGUCUUAUAGGGUGGACCAGACUUGUUGACAAACACUGUAUCAUGGGAAGCUAUCUGCUGCUUCUGUCCACGUGCCUUCUCGUCCUACAACUUGCAAGAGCCACCGGAAAUGACUCCUCAGAUCAGGAUCCCGGCAUCCGCUUUGUGUUUCCGUUCUACCCUAAAGAGCUAGACAUCCUGAUUGGACAUCUGCAGACUAAGCUGUUUCGAGUGACUCAGUCUUUGGAUUCUUGUGAACAGAUCAAUGCUGGCAAUCACGAGGCUGGAAAUUACGUCAUAGAUAUUAAUGACAAAGGUGACGUCACUGAGCUACCAAGCAGCAGAGCCAAGAAACUGGAGACUAUCACAAAACUGAGGAAAGAGAUAAAAGAAGUGGAGGCCAAACUGGACAUUUGUAGAUUCAAGUUUUGGACAGGGGACAGCAGUGGCGAGGUAGCUAAAUAGGUCACCCAGUACGUGCUACACACUGGCAGGCUGGGAGCUGGCUCAACACCGCAAGCAAGAGAACGUGGACCCUGGAGAAACCUUGACAUCAAGAGGAAAUAAAACAAAAGUAGCCAUAAAACGAA